AUGGCUGCUCCCGCUAGCAAGUUCAAGGUCGCAGACCUCUCUCUUGCCGCCUUUGGCCGCAAAGAGAUCGAGCUCGCGGAGAACGAGAUGCCCGGUCUGAUGGCUAUCCGAAAGAAGUAUGCCGCCGACCAACCUCUCGCCGGUGCCCGCAUCGCCGGUUGUCUACAUAUGACCAUCCAGACCGCCGUCCUGAUCGAGACCUUAACGUCUCUCGGUGCCGAGGUUACCUGGACAUCUUGCAACAUCUUCUCCACACAGGACCACGCCGCCGCCGCCAUCGCUGCUGCCGGUGUCCCCGUCUUCGCCUGGAAGGGUGAGACCGAGGAGGAGUACAACUGGUGCUUGGAACAGCAGCUCACAGCUUUCAAGGACGGCAAGAAGCUUAACCUAAUCCUAGACGACGGUGGUGACUUGACUCACCUCGUCCACGACAAGUACCCCGACAUGCUGAAGGACUGCUUCGGUGUUUCAGAGGAGACUACCACUGGUGUCCACCACUUAUACCGAAUGCUAAAGAACAACACCCUCCUCGUCCCCGCCAUCAACGUCAACGACAGCGUCACCAAGAGCAAGUUUGACAACCUCUACGGCUGCCGCGAGUCUCUGAUCGACGGUAUCAAGCGCGCCACAGAUGUCAUGAUUGCCGGUAAGAUUGCUGUCGUUGCUGGUUUCGGUGACGUCGGCAAGGGUUGUGCCAUGGCUCUUCACGGAAUGGGUGCCCGCGUCCUCGUUACCGAAGUCGACCCCAUCAACGCCCUCCAGGCUGCCAUGGCCGGCUUCCAGGUUACCACCAUGGAGAAGGCUGCUCCCAUCGGACAGAUCUUUGUCACCACUACCGGCUGCCGAGAUAUCCUUGUCGGAUCUCACUUCGAGGCCAUGCCCAACGACGCAAUUGUUUGCAACAUUGGCCACUUCGAUAUUGAGAUCGACGUCGCCUGGUUGAAGAAGAACGCGAAGAGCGUCCAGAACAUCAAGCCUCAGGUAGACCGUUUCGUCAUGGCCAGCGGCCGACACAUCAUCCUCUUAGCUGAGGGCCGAUUGGUCAACCUCGGCUGUGCCACCGGUCACUCCUCCUUCGUCAUGUCUUGCUCCUUCAGCAACCAGGUUCUAGCGCAGAUCAUGCUGUUCAAGGCUCAAGACAAGGCUUUCGGCCAGAAGUACGCCGCUUUCGCCAAGACGGAGAAGCUUCCCGUCGGCGUCUACGUGCUGCCCAAGGUCCUAGACGAGGAGGUCGCCAGACUUCAUCUUAGCCACGUCAACGCCGAACUCACCACCCUUACCAAGGUGCAAGGCGAAUACCUCGGAUUAGAACUUGAGGGUCCCUUCAAGAGCGACCUCUACCGAUACUAA